AUGCACAAUUUCAAAUUUUCUGCUCCAGAAAAUCCGGAAAAUCAAUUUGGAUUUCAUGUGGCAACGUGUUGCGGAAGUUUAGCGCAAGAAAACGCGUGGUGUUCCACGUGGCGCGAAUUUUUCACAAAAAAUCGUUUGGCGCCAAAAUUGGAGAAUGUUUGCGACGGAGCGCAAUUGCACGAGUUGUUGGAAAAAACGUGGAAAUUGUUGGAGUGUCGGAAUACGGUAGGCUGAGAAAAAUCUGAAAUUUCACUAAUUUCUGACUGAAAAUUCAAUUUUCUGCUCAAAAUUUCACGACAAACCCAAAUUUUUCAACCAUUUUUGCCUGCAGAUCACACCAUCUUUGGUGCACGGUGAUUUGUGGAGCGGAAAUUGGGCAAUGUUCGAAAAUGAGCCAGCGGUUUUCGAUCCAGCCUCGAGUUUCAGCGAUCCCGAAUUCGAAUUCGGAAUUAUGAGUUUGUUCGGUGGAAUUAGUCGAGAAUUCAGGCAGAAAUAUUUUGAGUUGGUCGAUUUUGCGGUGAGAAAAUGAGCAACAUUUCAGAUUUUUGAGCUGAAAAAUUUCAAAUUCUGCUCAUUUUCAGCCGGGCUUCGAGAAUCGCCUUCUCCUCUACGAACUCUAUCAUCUUCUCAAUCAUUUUCAGCAUUUUGGUGGUUCCUACAAAAUUUCAGCUCUGCGAAAAAUCGCUGAAAUUAUGAAAAUUUGA